AUGAUACGAAUAUCUGCGCUCAACGAAGAAGAAUCGGAUGACGAUAGUAAUAAUGAAUUCGAUGCCGAGUUGAUUGUUACUAAGGAAGCUGAGGAAACUAUCGCAAUCUCCGAAUAUGUACGGGCGCUUCAGAUGAAGAAGGAUAACAAAGUGCAGGAAGCGUUGGAGCUGCUGUUAGAGCUUCUAGAAACGCAGGUCAUCCAUGAUGUCACAUCCACCCAAACCGAUAGUAAAUUAUUUGCGGUAAAGUACAAUUGCUACCGGAACAUAGGUCUGAUUUAUCAAGAUCAGGGCAAGGAACAUACUGCCAUUGAAUUCCUGAUAAAGGCAAUGGAUCUCGAUGAAACGGAUGUGUAUACAAUGUCCCAGUUGGCACGUAUGGCGUUAAAGACGGGUCAUUUACAGAUAUCGAAGAUGUAUUUUGAAAAGUGCCUCAAACGCAAUCCGAACCACUGGCCCAGCAUGGAAGGGCUGCUAAAGGUUUUGUGCCGCGCUUCGAACGUAGUAGAAGCAUACGGUUGGGCCGGUCAAUGCCAUCGAAAAGAUCGUCGGAACAAACUGUAUGUCGAUGUGCUGAGAGCCAUCCGGGAACGGUUCAAAUCUAGUCUGCCCUACCUGGACACCGUGUUCACCGUAUCCCCGUCAUUUGAUUUUACCGAUUUGGAUAAACUAACGACUUUGGAGGGGGCGUUACAAACGUUUGACGAACUAUUCAAGCCGGAACAUGCUCCAUAUGACCCUCCCGACUUCACCGUGAUGCCAGACGUAAUGAAAGAGGUGAUGAAAAUAGAUGAUCUGAGUUUCGAAACGAUCGGGAGCGCUCUGGUGAAGUUGAAUGGACUCAUGCACGAGAUGGAUUUGAAGUGUGUAUUCAUGGUGGACACCGAAGCACUGUUUUGUGGAAAUCACAAGGCCGAAUCGGAAAACAUAGACCAAGACGUACAGAUGUCUCCUGCUGAAACCGAAUGUGCCGUUGAUGCCGGAUCCGUAACGAAAGAAGAGAAUCGGAUGGAAACGGAAGAUGAAGAGAUUUGUGGUAAGUGGUUGUUUGUUGCAAAUUGAAUCGCUUGAUGUGAUUAAGCUGUUCGUCCUACAGAAGAUGCAAAUGAAGUCGCUAUUACUGUGCCAGCCAAAAGCAGUGACGAUACCAAUGGAAAUGGGGCGUCUGCCGUGGAUAGCGCUGAUUCGGGAGUUGAUGCUAAUGAACAAAAGAACAAGGCGCGUCGACGAGGUUCUGAAUUGAAAAUUCUCGAGCAGUGGGGUUGGCACAAGAACCGACGAUCGACAAGAAAAAAGAGUGUACAGGAGGUAAACGAUCCAGUUGAUGCUACAGUAGAAUCGUUUUUUAAGCAAGCAGUUAAGCAGCAUUUUUCGAAAGAUUUGCGGUCCAAAGAAUCACCCUUUGUGCUCGAUGAAAACCUCGAGGAAAAAAGUAAAGAAUCUACGCGCAACGAACAAUUAUCAAGAGAUCCGCUAGAUUCUCUAAGCUGUACCACCACGAGACAGACGGAGUUUUGUGACGAGUGCAAUUUGGCAAAUUUUAUUGCCGAAAUGAAGAAAAGCGCCAUCGACGUGUACGCUUUGAUGUACGGCUUUUUAGCUCACCUUUCCAAGUCGUGGGGAUUCGCGAUAAAGACGCAACUAUGUAAAAUAUACUUGAAAGUUCAUUCAUACUUUGUCCAGUUCACCGAUUAUGAUGCGUGGAAUCAAUUGCCUGAAGAGCAACUGGAGUUGAUUUUUCAAAUCACGAUAUUCUAUUUAGAACUAAAGCUUGAUGCUGGUCUAACGCGUGCUACUGAAGCGCCGAAUUGCAUUUUCGACAAUUUCGAUGAACAAGUUUUUCAACGUUGCCGUUUAUACGUGGAUAGUCUGCCCAGUCAGAAAAUUAUUACACUUUAUCGCAUUCGGUUAUUGUGGAUAUCCUACAUUUAUGAGUGUAGUCUAAAAAGAUUUGAUCAAGCUCUAGAUAAUCUGUAUUUGCUUUUUGAACUAGUGCAUGCACAAAAUGGGACGCGUAUAGAAUUAUCGUUUCCGAAUCAACGCAACAAUACGAGUGUUAGCAGUGAAACGAUACGAGAGAUUAUUGGAGAAACCGAACGCAAGCUGCGUAUUGAGCGCGUUAAACGACACUACGAAGAUGGUGACCAUGAGCAGGUUGUAAGCAUCCUGAAAGAUACGCUGCUAUACUACACCACAACGGGAAAUCCAAACGAAUCAAUCCUCAGCAUCACCAUUCAGACGCAAAUGUUGCUGGAGUCCCUUUGGAGUUUAGCCGAAAUGGAGGAGUGUUUCCUUUGGUCGGAAAAAUCUUUCACCUACUCCGUUCAACAGUUUGUAACAGCAGAAGUACAGCAUGAUAGCAGAAAGUCACGAAUGUGGGCUAAUAAUAUCAACUUCGCGCUGGUGUAUAUAGAGUCGAUCAUCAAACAGGAAGGAGUAGCAACGAUCGAUGUCGUUGGCAAGAACCUGUCCAGGCUCAUCCAAUCGUUGCACUGUUUGCUUACACAUCAGUUGGAUCCAAGUGGGGAAAAAAAUUACACCGCUCAGCUCUGCCUUGUUGAAUGUUGGAGGGCGUGGAUUAUUCUGUACUACAUUCUGGAGCGUCUAGAUGAUAUGGAAACGAUGGUCAAAACGAACCGACCACUCAGUGUUGGCGAUCAGCCGGGAGCAUUUGAUGUGGAACCGGAACGACUCUGCAAUUCCAUAAUGAUGUGCUUUGUUGCACACGAGCUAUUGGGAAAGAAAAACUGGUGUUCGAAAGGUGACAAUAGUCUGCUGUAUCAUACGCUUGAUGUCGUCGUACCUAAAAUUCGUUCACCAAUGCUGGAGCCAUUUCGGGAGAAUUUGAACGAGUAUCUUGAACAGGUGACGUACUGUUUGUACGGCUAUCCACAGAAACGGCCCCGCCUUCGUCACAUACAGGAUCAUUGUGCUGUGCAAGUGGCACUUACCUGGGAGCGCGCCGUCCAGCUAUUUGAUCUCUACCGACCCGACAAUCUACCCGAGUAUAACUCAUACAAAUUAGAAUCGAUUUCCACCGAUAUGGAAGCGCUCUUACAGCGCAUUAUUCUGCUAAUUCCGAGUGAAAUCAGCAUGGCGAAACUAUCUCGACCUAUCACGGAGUUCAUCGACGGCAAGGGCAAUACACUGCCUGAGGCAGCCAAUAUUUUACAGAGUGAGAUUAAACCGAUAUUCUAUCUGCUGGCUGAUUUCUACUUCAAAAGCCGUGACUUUACACGUGCAAUCAAGUAUUAUGUGAUGGAUCUGACACUGGAACCGUUACGUUUUAAUUCCUGGGCAGGCGUAUCACUGUCCAAAGCCAGCAAGGUUGAAACGAAGUUGAAUUCUACCGAUGUAAUACCUUUGCACGAGUUUUUGGACGAGACUGACAACGGUAUAAAGUGUUUCGAUCAAUGUCUACAGUUGAAUGAAACAGAUUCGCAGCUAUGGAUCGAAUACGGCUCCUUUGCGUACAACAUUCAUUCAUUUUGUUCGCGUAGCUUGAAGUUAUUGAGCGAUACACUCUCUAUGGAAAGUUUCGCAUUAGUAGAAACACACAAGGAGCGCUGUUUAGAUAUUGCUUUUAGCUGCUUUAACAAGGUGAGCCUCGUGAAGCAGGCGUAUACUGAGGGCGCGAGUGACAAACACCAGCAAUUGCAACAGCACCAGGAAAAAAAUGAAAAUGAUCACGAGGACGAAAUCUGGCUUCAUCAUUACAUGCUCGGGAAGAUUGCAGAGAAGAAAAAGGAGCAUCCUGCCGUAUAUCUGACGCAUUACCUAAAAUCGGCAAAAGAUCUCUACGAAUGUAAUGCCACUUAUCCCAUCAAAAUUAACCACAGCAGUCCUUCGCAGCUGGCAAUCGAAGCGCUGGAAAUAUUUUACCGUAUCAAUGCGGCGAUCAUAAAAUAUGUUGAGCAGCACUCACCGAUUAAUAAGAAAACAUCCCGUCUGUUUGUACGUACGCUGAAGCAGUUGUCCACCAGUCCGUUUGCGGUGAACCGUGCCAAAAUUAACGAAAACAUGCUGAAGCGAAAAAUAUCACCCAACACGGCUGGUGGAAACACUGGCGGGUCGAUAGAAAUGGAUGCUUCUGUCAGCUCACCUAAAGUGGCCAAGGUAGCGGAGCCAACAAGUUUAUCCGGAGUACCCCCGCCUGGAUCUUUGAGUGCAACUUACGGCGAUGGGACUAAAGUACAGCAACUACAGCCGGAGAUGAUCCCUAGUGAUGAGCCUCCAACGCAAAUAGUCACACAAAAUCCAUUACCAGCAGAGCCAGCGCCUGUAAUAGCCAAACUGGUAGUAGAUGUUGAAGAUGACAACAUUGAUUCACCAGCAGCAGCAGCUGUUCAGCCUGCCCGCGUUCUUGAGCACGUUCGUGUGGAAGAAAUUAAACAGCCUGUUCUUCGCCGUGGUUCUCAAGAGAGUGCAGUUACUUGGACAACUACCACAACCACGACCACCACAAGCACCUCCUCAUCCAGCAGUGAUUCGUCCGAUAGUGACACCGAUUCAUCCUCAGACUCGGAUAGCGACAGCACCUCGACGGAUGACGAGUUCAUAAAUCAGCAAUCGAUUAGUCCUACAGACAGAGACGGCAUAUUUAGGCUGUGCAUCAAGAACCUGGAGGAAUGUAUAACACGCUUCCCAGAGCACUACAAGUCGAUGUAUCGUCUAAUACACCAUUUCACUCACGCACCCGGUUCGACAAAGUCGUUCGACAGUGCUCGCCAGUUGCUGCUUGGAAAUUAUCGGACCACACUUGGCAACCAAAUACCGGGUCUUUUUACGGAACGCAAGACAACAAAUUUUUUCAACGGCUUAUGGAGAAUUCCGGCUACUGAUAUCGAUCGACCGGGAAAUUUCGCCGCCCACAUCUCAAAGUGUGUCAUUGUGUUGAUGGAAACGUUGAAAGAGUUUUCCGAACACGAAGUGUUGCUAGAGUUAGCCUUGCAACUGCAACGAACUCCGGAACCGGACAAAAAAUACCUAAACGACUACGAGCGCAAAGAACUGGUCCAGCAAGCGAUUCUGUUCUGCGUGCAGGUGUACAGGGGUCUGCUGAAAAAAUCUUCCGACGGACGCAACGACGCCGAUCUGCUCUCGCUGAUGGUGGACGUGUAUAAGGCGUACCGGAAGAUCGUGAAGCACAUGCAGGCUAAGGAGUCGAUGUUUGCCACGGUUUUGACCGAUGCGUACCGUGCGUUCAUCAGCGACAAAGUUGCUAAAUUGCCCGAUAACACCAGCCUGCUCGAUUUGGCCGUUAAGUUGUGCGUGUACGAGAUCAACUACCGCAAGACGCAGGAAAAACAGCAACAAAACGCCAACUCCGCUAGUAGUUUAGCUGCCAGUACUACUGCUACCAGUGGAGGACCGGCUAGCACCAACAAUGGAGGAAAUGGUGGCAAGCAAGCGACAACGAUUGGCGAGCUUCCGGCCACGAUAAUCGUUCCUAUGCAACCGAUAUCAGCGAACUUUAUUCCCGGUCUUACCAAGCCAAAUAGGCGUGUAGGGGCAACAAAAUCUACCGCAACACCGGCAACUAGUGGAUCGACCAGUGAUCUCCCGUACAACUAUACGGCUCCACAACACUUCACGCAGGCCACGGGGAGCGGCAUGAUGCAGACGGAGCUAUCAUCCCGAAUGACGGUCACACUCGAGGCUGGUUCAGGACCAGUGAGCGGUACCAGUGGCAACAAAACAACGACUACUACCGCCUCCAUUAUGUCCUCUUUGGCUACGUCUCUGCAGCAUUCCACCAAAUCACCCAUAUACGCGGGAACCUCGUCGAAUGAGCUUCUGAUCGGUAUGCCUUCGGGGACGUUGCCACCAACAACUUCGACACCGUCAAUGUCACUGCCUACCUCAUCGGCCACGACGAGCUCCUCCGCUCUGUUUCAGCAAUAUCUGAAAAUCUUCAGCCAAAUGCCCAAUAUUGCUUCCAUCGGUAAUAAUCCCAUGAUGACCGCGGCACUGACCGAAUAUUUAGCUUCAUUUAAAAUGCAGCAACAAACGGCGGCCCUGUCCCCGAGCACUGAUCGUAGUACCUCUACCCCAUCUCCACUGCCACCAAUCCCCGUUGGUCUGUCCAAGAGCACCGCAGCCGGGCCGAGUGGAAAGGAGUACCAUUCCACUAACCAACAAAGCUCUCCCGCUGGAGGAGCCGGGAAAAAGGCAUUUAGUAAAGCCGUCAGCAGUAGUACCACUACAACUACUAUCUCAUCUAUGAGCAUCCUUGAGCAGCCGCAACAGCAACAACAGCAGCAGCUCGCUACCAUUACGCUCACCCCAAUGUCGUCGUUAGUAGCACCGGUAUCGGGUAUGCCCGGUGGCACGAAAAAGGACGCACGAGUAUCGUCACCGUUUGCUUCACAACGUGUUUCCUCACCUUCGCCUAUCCUCACCAUCACACCCUCCGACGGGCCAAUGCCAGCGAAACCAAAGGGUGAUCCGUUGACGGGGAAUCGGAAGGGGAAGGGAAAGAAAGCAGCUUCUACGGUCCAGCGGGGUGCAGCAGCAUUCGGAAGACCGUUGUCUUCUCAACAACCAUCUGCGAUCCCACAACUUGGCGUUCCAGGACUAUCGAUUGAACCCGUCCUUGGGCCGUUGAUACCACCGCAGGCCACAAGUAAGCCUUCGACAUCUAAAGCUCUCACUACGGGGAUGGGCAAGGAUCUGCUCGCUUCUUACACGGAGCUAUUACAAAAGUAUCCUCACAUGGCGCGCUCGGUGUUGAUGGGCAUGAAGGGCAUCAAUCCUCCCGGUGGACUUGGAGGUGCGGGUGGCCCAAGCACUGCUGCUAGUGUAGCGCCGCAACCGUCGGGUGGCCGGAAACAAUCGGCAAAACAGGCGAACAAAUCCUCCGCCAAAUCGAUGCAAGCAACAAUGAUGACGGGCAUGCUAUCGACAGCUACUGCAACCUCAGCCACGAACGUCACCUCUCGGUACGGCUCGAAUGUUGCCGCCAGUAUGCCGAGGAUUGGCGCCACCAUCACUCCUGUACCGGCAACCGGAUUUCCUAUCGACAACUACAGUAGACAAUCGGUGACGAUCGGGACAGGAUCUGCGUCAUCAAUGUCUAUACACGCGCUGGGUGUUGGACCAUCUAACCCGCACCAGCAGCAACAAGCAAAAACGCUACAGCAAAAGCUCGCCGAGAGACAAAAGGCCAACAAGGCACGCGAAACGGAAGGCGUCGGCGGUCCAUCACAUCCAAAACCGAAACAAGCGAACAAAGAUCCGAUCGACGUGAUAGUGCUGGAAUGAUGUUUAGAU